UCUGACUAUCCGCGAGAGCUGCCGGCGCGUCGCGAUGGAGCUGGGCGGUAGUGGCGGUACGGGCUUGCUAAUUGUCAAUAACAAGCAACGGAGUGCGGGGCUCGGCCUGACGCCGCCGCCGGUAGGGAAAGGUCGGGAACUCAACCGCAAUCAACGCAAGGACUCGGAGGGCUAUUCCGAGUCGCCAGACUUUGAGUUUGAAUAUGCAGACACGGACAAAUGGGCCGCUGAGCUGUCAGAACUGUACAGCUACACUGAAGGCCCUGAAUUCCAAAUCAACAGAAAAUGCUUUGAAGAGGAUUUUAGAAUGCAUGUGCUGGAUAAGAAAUGGACGGAACUGGACACCCAUCAGCAUCGUACCCAUGCCAUGAGGCUACUUGAUGGUCUCGAGGUCACCGCUCGGGAGAAAAGACUCAGGGUAGCCCGAGCCAUCCUCUAUGUUGCACAAGGCACAUUUGACGAGUGUAGCUCUGAGGCUGAAGUUCAGUCCUGGAUGCGCUACAACAUUUUUCUUCUACUGGAAGUUGGCACUUUCAAUGCUUUGGUGGAACUUCUGAACAUGGAAAUUGACAACAGUGCAGCCUGCAGCAGUGCAGUGAGAAAGCCAGCCAUCUCCCUGGCUGACAGCACAGAUCUGAGGGUGCUGCUGAAUAUUAUGUACCUUAUUGUAGAAACUGUCCGUCAGGAGUGUGAUGGAGACAAGCCUGAGUGGAAGACAAUGAGACAAACUUUCAGAGCAGAACUAGGGGCACCGCUUUAUAACAGUGAGCCAUUUUCUGUUAUGCUCUUUGGGAUGGUGACCAAAUUCUGCAGUGGCCAUGCCCCACACUUCCCUAUGAAGAAGGUGUUGCUGCUGGUUUGGAAGACAGUCUUGUGUACCCUUGGAGGAUUUGAGGAACUUCAGGAUAUGAAAGCAGAGAAGCGGGAGAUGCUAGGACUCCCCCCACUUCCUGAGGACAGUAUCAAAGUAAUCCGUAACAUGAGGGCUGCUUCUCCUCCAGCAUCUGCUUCGGAUUUGAUUGAACAGCAGCAGAAACGGGGCCGGCGGGAACACAAGGCACUUAUUAAACAGGAUAAUCUAGAUGCUUUCAAUGAGCGGGAUCCCUAUAAAACUGAUGACUCCCGUGAAGAUGAGGAGGAGAAUGAUGAUGAUAAUAGCCUUGAAGGAGAGACAUUCCCUCUUGAAAGAGAUGAGGUGAUGCCUCCUCCUGUCCAGCAUCCUUCAGCUGACCGACUGACUUGCCCAAAAGGUUUGCCUUGGGCACCCAAAGUCAGGGAAAAAGACAUAGAGAUGUUUUUGGAAUCUAGUCGGAGUAAAUUCAUUGGCUACACCUUGGGGAGUGACACCAAUACUGUGGUGGGACUUCCUAGACCCAUUCAUGAGAGUAUCAAAACUCUGAAAUUGCACAAGUAUACAUCUAUUGCAGAAGUUCAAGUACAAAUGGAAGAGGAGUACUUGCGUUCCCCCUUGUCAGGGGGGGAAGAGGAGGUUGAGCAAGUUCCCGCAGAAAUCUUGUACCAGGGUCUGCUUCCUAGUUUGCCCCAGUACAUGAUUGCCUUGCUGAAAAUCUUGCUGGCUGCAGCACCCACCUCCAAAGCCAAAACGGACUCCAUUAAUAUUCUGGCAGAUGUUUUACCAGAGGAGAUGCCAACAACUGUGUUGCAGAGCAUGAAACUGGGAGUUGAUGUGAAUCGGCACAAAGAGAUAAUUGUAAAAGCAAUUUCUGCUGUGCUGCUGUUGCUGCUAAAGCACUUCAAACUAAAUCAUGUUUAUCAGUUUGAAUACAUGGCCCAGCACCUGGUGUUUGCCAACUGCAUCCCACUUAUAUUGAAGUUCUUCAAUCAGAACAUCAUGUCAUACAUCACUGCUAAGAACAGCAUCUCUGUUUUGGAUUAUCCCUACUGUGUGGUACAUGAGUUACCUGAGCUGACAGCGGAGAGUCUGGAAGCUGGGGACAACAAUCAGUUUUGCUGGCGGAAUCUUUUUUCCUGCAUCAAUCUUCUUAGGAUACUCAAUAAGUUAACCAAGUGGAAACAUUCUAGGACCAUGAUGUUGGUGGUAUUUAAGUCUGCUCCCAUUCUGAAACGAGCUCUCAAGGUGAAGCAAGCCAUGAUGCAACUCUAUGUUCUGAAGCUUCUCAAGGUGCAGACAAAGUAUUUAGGGCGACAGUGGAGGAAGAGCAACAUGAAGACCAUGUCAGCAAUAUACCAGAAAGUGCGGCAUCGGCUCAAUGACGACUGGGCUUAUGGCAAUGAUCUGGAUGCACGGCCAUGGGACUUCCAAGCUGAGGAGUGUGCUCUGCGUGCCAGCAUAGAGCGAUUCAAUUCUCGGCGCUAUGACCGGGCACAUAACAACCCAGAAUUUCUCCCUGUGGAUAAUUGUUUGCAGAGUGUUCUGGGUCAGCGUGUGGAGCUGCCUGAAGAUUUCCAAAUGAAUUACGAUUUAUGGCUGGAAAGAGAAGUUUUCUCUAGACCUAUCUGCUGGGAAGAGUUGCUGCAGUGAUAUUUGAUAAGAAGAAGAUAUUGGGCGAAGACCUAAUGUAUGUGCCCAAGGCCAGGUUCUUCUUCUUCAUUCAGCCAAGUGUAGGGAGGAGAUGUCAUUUUUUUCAUGCAGCUUUCAAUCUGCAGUUAUUGCCUCCUUCCAGGGGUAGCAUGGCUUUAUACAGAUCUUAAGGACCUGCCAAUAUGGUUCUAAAUCUUUUGGGCUGUCUCAGUUACUGGUUGAUUUGAAAGGUGCAAAGUGGAUUCACAGUAGUUCAUCUUGAGAAGUGGAGUAGUUGAACAACCUCAGUCAAAAUGCCAAUGUCAGCCUUGUCUACUGUUCAAGGGAAAUGUUCCAUGCUCCUGUUGGUUAAAUGCUUGUCAUGUUUCUGUUCACUGAAUUCAGCUGGCUACUUUUGUUCCAAAAUGUGAAUGGAGGCUUUCUUUACUAUGCCCUGAACCUCUACUCCCAAAGGGCAGAAUGCCAUCCUUGUUCUGCUAGUUUAUAGAGAAGAGCAGUAGCAGUUUCAUGGUGUGUAGUGGGUGGGAAAGAAAAGAGAGAUGGUGUACCAUUGUCUGUGCAGGGAAAGGAGGUCUCUGUGGUCCCAUUAGUGCCUGUAGGAACUGAAUGUAAUUGGAAGGUGCAGGAGGUGUGAAUAGAAUGUGUUUAUAGCAGUGGCAACAGUUCUCACACCUGCUGCUUUUGCUGUCAAGUGGUAGAAACAUAUUUGGCUUGCCCCAGCUGAGGAAGUGAGUAAGCAGCUUCAUUAAAAUCAAGGAUCUUGUCCCAUUUUUAUUUCAUGGAUAGAAGGGAAAACUCUGUCUAAAUUGUCAGUUCUACACUCCCCACUGAAACUCAGUGUUAAUGUCUAUCUAUUAAGUAGUCUUCCUUUCUGGAAGCUACUCCUGAGAGAGACAAGCCUUAACAUUAUUUUCUGAUUCCCUCCAUGUGCAAUCCUUAUGCCUGCAGCCUAUUUAGCUCCAAGCUCUUCAGUCUGUAGAUACCCAGGCAAUCCAUCCUAUGAAAAUGAUCUAAUGAGGUCUACUUCUUGCAAACAGAGAUGAGAAACCCAUUUUUGGAUUACAGUACUAGAGAUUGCAGGAUAGGGGCAUGUUCUUCCAUAAAAACACACUCCGCACACAGAGAAAAUUAGCAUGUUGGGGAGAAAGCUUACUUUGCUGCAUGGCAGUCUUCUGUGUGUGGAAAUGGUUUUGUAUCGAGGAGCAUAUAAUCAGGGGAGCCCCCACCUGCAGUGGUUCAGUCCAGAUACCAGUUUGCCAUCUUACUUACUGUUUUUGAUAACUAGGCAUCUAAGUCUCCACAAUCUGUUGCAUGUAAACAGUGGGGUGGAAGUGAAGGCAUCUAUUUAAAAGAAAUGGUAAGCAGACCUGAAAGAGGAUGUUCCAUCUUCCCCAAGAGGGAUGGUAUCUGCUAUGAGAAUCAACUCACAGGUAUGAUUUGAGUUGGACUGCUGUAGUACAUACUACAAACAUUCAGGAACCAGCAAAUACAAUGAAUGUUAGCAUCUAGGACUGCAAUAUGGUAUCUUCCCCCCACCCCUAUUUCUGCUUUGCAAACAAAGGUUGCAAAGCUGAGACUAUUUAUGUGAAAGUAAGUCCCAUGAAAUGAAUAGGAUUCCUUAGUAAGCAUGUUUAAGACAUUAAAACGUAGUGCAAAGUCAUAGGUUUGGAAGGGACAGCACAUUGCACUAAUCCUGAUAUAUCCAACACUCCUAUAAGAUUAAUUUACAUGUUCUGCAAGCAGAGAGCAGUAGGGACCAAUGCCUACUUUGCUUCUAACAGUAAGAAUCAAAUUUAGUAAAAUAAAUGCACCUAGCUUGAACAAGUACUAUCAGGCAGCCAGUCGAACACUUGUGAUGCAACUGGGACAAGACUUUCCAACUUUACCAAGAUGUAACAUCCUGAGAAGGUAGUGUACUUUCUGUACUGUCAACAGUGUGGUGGUGUUUAUAUGGUUAUACAGCAGAAGCAUGUUGUCACAUAAAAGAACAUGAUCAAGCAUUAAAAUAAUGAAAAAACUUUUCAUCUUACAACUUUUGU